GGAGGAUGUGGUGGUCCUACAAUGCAGUGCUACAAUCCGAAAAGAAAACCUUAAGAUGUGCAUGGGAGUGGAAGGCUUCGGCAAUCGCCUCUGCUUCCUGGAAUCAACGUCCAAUGCUCAGAAUGUACCUCCAGAUCUUGCUAUUUGCUGCUUUAUUCUGGAGCAGUCUCUAUCAGUUCGAGCCCUGCAGGAAAUGCUGGCAAAUACGGUGGAGAUGGGAAGUGAGUCUUCUCAAGGUGGGGGGCACCGAACUUUACUCUACGGUCAUGCCAUUCUUCUGAGACACUGCCACAGUGA